ACUCGCCCCGCGAUUGCUACCUCCAAUUCAGCGGCGAAGGUAGUGGCUAGCGCGUCGUCCUCUACGAUAACAACGCCAACAGUGGCUGUUCGCGUGACUCCUGCCGCUCCAACCCGACCAGCCAUGCCGGCGAAAGCUACGUCGUCGAAAGCGGACGAGUUCCCUGCCCCUCCUUCGCACGAGUUCGUGAAGUGGCUGGGUGAUUCUCUGAAGGGGCUAAAUAACUCCAUCAACCUGGAAGAUAUCUCUUCUAUGCUGCUCUCAUUCCCAUUGGAUCCUGACCCCUCUACCGUUGAGAUCAUCUCCGACCUCAUUUACGCAAGUAGUACUACGCUUGACGGCCGCCGCUUCGCAUCCGAGUUCGUCAGCAGGCGCAAGGCAGACGCAGCGGCACGGUCCAAGAACGGCGCACCGGUGGGUGCCUCUACAAAGCCCCUCUCGAUUGCGGAAGUCGUGAAGACGCAACCCAAGCCGGCGCAGUCGGAAUGGGGUGGCUUCAAGGUAGUGAACAAGAAGAAGAAAGGUGGACGCACAUGAGAUGUGCAGCGCUGAGCGCAUAAUUAUCGUUUAGGACUCCGGUGACAGUCGUCUGUCUACACUAUAAAGCACACGCUAUUAGUACGAUCUAUAGUUCAUCUCGUCGCGCCUGUAUUGUUGUGAAAAUACUGUCACGAUCUC